AUGGCGUCAUUCGUUAUUCAACCGCCGGACGCCUUCAACCUUUCGUCGCCCAACGAGUGGCCGAAGUGGAAACAGCGUUUUGAACGUUUCCAAACCUCUUCAGGCUUGUGCGUGAAGCCCGAGCAACAUCAAGUAGACGCCCUACUCUACAUCAUGGGUGAGCAAGCCGAGGAAAUCUACGCCACCUUCGCUUUAUCUGAAGAGAACUCCAAGAAAUUCGACGCCGUCGUGGAGCAGUUCGACAAGUAUUUUAUUCCGCGACGCAACGUAAUCUUCGGACGAGCCAGAUUCAACACCAGACUGCAACAAGAUGGUGAGUCGGCCGAAGAUUUCGUCACUGCGCUUCACACGCUUUCGAAAGAUUGCGAGUUCGGUGCUCUUCGAGAGGAGUUCGUGCCCGACCGCCUUGUGGUUGGGAUAAAAGACAAGCAGCUAUCCGCCAGGUUACAGCUCGACGCAGAGCUCACACUACAAAAGGCUCUCGAUUCCGUCCGCCAGAUCGAGAGUGUCCGUCAGCAACAAGCGGAGCUCCACCAGGAACUGCCAUCUUUGAACAAAGUUGCAUCCGGUGCGCAGACCAGUCGACGUGCUUCAAUGCAAGACAAAAGCGGCAGUUAUCUACGCGGGGCAAGCAAGCCAUCUUCACCCUCCGGUAAAAACAGAGAGCAGAAACCGUGCCGUUGGUGUGGUCAAGAGCGUCACUCUCGCACUCUCUGCCCAGCACGCUCGGAAGUCUGCAGGAAUUGCCGGAAGAAAGGUCACUAUGCCUCCGUAUGCAUGUCGCGACGCCUCGAUUGUGUCGAAACCGAGCACGGAACUUUAGAAGCAGGAUUUCUUGGAGCAGUCAAGACGACGGAUGCUGGAAACUGGGAAGCAACAGUCUUGGUUCAAGGCCAGCCAGUAGACUUCAAAAUUGACACUGGCGCCGACGAAACCGUCCUCCCGACGCACGUAUUCCAGACGCUCAAGGACAGGCCGCUUCUAUCAGCUCCUCCUCGUCAGCUGCAUGGCCCAGAUGGAAAGCUUCUUCCAGCAGCAGGAGUGGCACAACUCCAGCUCGUCUACCGCAACCACGCGACUACUCAGGAGAUAUACGUCCUAGAUCAGAUCUGCACUCCGUUGCUAGGCAAGCCAGCCAUCAAAAAGCUACAGAUGCUGACCUUCGUAAACGCCGUUGCCAACAAAGUGAACCCGAAAGAAGAAUUUCCAGCGGUGUUCCAAGGACUCGGCAAGCUGCUCAAAGAACACAGGAUUCAGCUUCAACCAGUCGCAAGACCUUUCGCACUCAGCUCCCCGAGGCGCAUCCCAAUUCCAUUGUACGAGAAGACAAAGCUGGAACUUCAAAGGAUGCAGAAACUCGGUGUCAUAUCACCUGUUGAUGAGCCGACUGAGUGGUGUGCGCCAAUGGUAGUCGUCCCAAAGCCCUCCGGAGACGUGAGAAUAUGCGUCGACUUUACAGAGCUGAACCGCUACGUUCUCAGGGAAUGGCAUCCUAUUCCUUCCGUGGAGCAUACUCUCGGACUUCUUCAUGGAGCUAAGGUGUUCUCCAAACUCGAUGCCAACUCUGGAUUUUGGCAAAUCCCACUUUGUGAAGAAUCAAGGAAACUCACCACCUUCAUCUCACCUUUUGGGCGCUUCUACUUCAACCACUACCAUUUGGCAUUGCGUCAGCUCCUGAACACUUCCAGAAGCAGAUGGCGUACAUUUUACAAGGCAUCAGUCGAGUUGUCUGUCACAUGGACGACAUCCUCAUCUGGGGUUCCAACAGCUAUGAGCACAAUGAGACACUCCGAAACGUGCUGCAGGCACUUGCAAAGGCUGGAGUGA